AUGGCUACAGCUACAGGAACAGAAGAAAUCUACGUACGAUAUUACGUCGGACACGUCGGCAAAUUCGGUCACGAGUUCCUCGAAUUCGAGUUCCGGCCGGACGGAAAGCUCCGAUAUGCGAACUCUUCGAAUUACAAAAAUGACACUCUUAUCAGGAAGGAGGUGUUUGUGAGCCCGUCCUUACUUACGGAGCUGAAGAGGAUUGUUGCGGAUAGCGAGAUUUUGAAGGAAGACGAUAAGCUAUGGCAUCAGCCAGAUCGCGUUGGACGACAGGAGCUGGAAAUUGUGAUGGGCAACGAGCACAUUUCGUUCACGACAGCAAAGAUCGGAUCAUUGAUUGACGUGCAGGAAAGCAAAGACCCCGAGGGACUACGAGUGUUUUACUACCUGAUCCAAGAUCUGAAGUGCUUAGUGUUCUCGCUGAUUUCGCUCCACUUCAAAAUCAAGCCCAUCUGA